GUGCCGGUGGAGGCGGCGGUUGCGGUGGCGGCGCCGCCGGCUCUCGCCGCCCCCUUCACCCCCGGCCCCGCGUCCCCAUGGCCGGGCAGGAGUGGGACUGGUUCCAGCGCGAGGAGCUCAUCGGGCACAUCAGCGACAUCCGAGUGCAGAACCUCCAAGUUGAACGGGAAAAUGUACAGAAGAGGACCUUUACCAGAUGGAUAAACCUGCAUUUGGGAAAGUGCAAGCCUCCUUUGAAAGUGAAAGACUUGUUUAUAGAUAUACAAGAUGGCAAAAUCUUGAUGGCGCUCCUGGAAGUCCUGUCAGGACAAAAGUUGAUGCAUGAGUACAAAUCUUCAACCCAUCGCAUUUUUCGUUUGAACAACAUAGCCAAAGCACUUAAGUUCUUGGAGGACAGUAAUGUAAAGCUUGUCAGCAUUGAUGCAGCAGAAAUAGCGGAUGGAAAUUCCUCUCUGGUUCUUGGACUAAUAUGGAAUAUAAUCUUGUUUUUUCAGAUUAAGGAGCUGACAGGCAACCUCAACAGGAACUCCUCCUCCUCCAGCCUGUCCUCUGGGCCCAGUGGUCCAGAGUCAGACACAUCCCCCAGCACUCCCAGCGUGGAGAGAAACAUGUCUAUUACAGUGAAGGAUCAGCGGAAAGCCAUCAGGGCCCUUCUAAUCUGGGUUCAGAGGAAAACCAGAAAGUACGGUGUUGCAGUUCAGGACUUUACCAGCAGUUGGAGGAGUGGCCUUGCUUUCUUAGCCAUCAUAAAAGCCAUAGACUGCACUUUGGUAGACAUGAAGCAAGCACUGGAGAAAUCAGCACGAGAAAACCUGGAGGAUGCUUUCAGCAUAGCACAGAAUAAGCUGGGUGUUCCUCGGCUCCUCGAACCAGAAGAUAUCAUGGUGGAAUCACCUGAUGAACAGUCAAUCGUCACAUACGUGGCACAAUUUCUGGAGCACUUCCCGGAGCUGGAAGGGGAAGACUUUACAGAUCCUGACAAGGAGCUUCCAAUUGAGUCCACAUAUGUGCACAUCAAAGACACACCGUCAGAAAAGGAAGGCAAAAUCUUGAUUUUAAGUGAAAGUGAAGAAAACAUGUAUACUGUUAAUCACGAGAGGAGUCAUCCUGCUCCUCCAAAGGUCCAUAUUCAUGACAUCCCUGAGAGAAUCCCCUCAGAAACCGCUGCUGAAAAUUGUAAUGGGAAAUUGAGUCAAGUGUUAGGUGACUCACAGGAAACAUCCGAAGAAGAGCCUCAGAGGCCUACCUCACUGAAAAUCACGGGAUCUGUCAGUUUUGAAUCCAGUUCCUCUUGGGAGGUUCUAAGUGAUAAAUUCAUGUCAGGUGAAGGGGGCAUCUCUGAUGAUCAACUGAAACAGAACAAUGACCUUUCUCCAACUGUUCUGACAGAUCAGAAAAAUUCUGUCGACUCUUUUGAAGAAUACUCUGAAGAAUUAACUAAAGGAACCCCUACUGAAUAUGACAACGAAACUAAGAGCCUUUCAGCCAAUACUUCUUCUUUGAGUCCAUUAUCCUGGACUUCAGGUAUACUUACAGAUGAUUCUAUUAAUAAAGUAGAAGAGAGCAAACCCCAAUCUUCAGUUCUUUUACCAGAAGAUACCUCAAAACAAGAAGAUACACAUAAGUACGUUCUUCAUCUUCUAAAUGAGGAAAUACAGAAACAUCCAGAAGAUGAACAUACAAAGGAAUCACCUGUCUUCGACACAAUAGAAUCAAGCCCUUGUUCACUGAAUAGUUCUAAUCUCGAAAGCCAAGAACUGUCUACACAGCAUGAAACAUCUGAUGACUCUCUCUCAGAUGUACCUAAAACUCCAGAUGACCUGGACAGCUGUGAUGAAGUUGAGCCUGCAGCUCAAGUGUUACCCAGUUCUUCCAAAGUAUCUGUAAUACCCCAUGAUCUCUUUUAUUAUCCACAUUAUAAUGUCCCUAUAUCAGCAGUUCUGAACGCUUACCUGGAGCCUUGUAUCGAAGGUUAUGACACUGGAAAUGACAAAGCUUCUUCUGAAACAGUAACAGAUGUUUUACAUGACAAGAGCUUACCAGAACAGAACUACAAGGAAGAUGCUCCAGAGCCAGACUUAGACAAUAAGCUAAGCACCCCUCCAUUAGAAACAGAUACUGAGAACAGUGAGGAGGAAACUACAAAUAUUAACAGUCACAUGAAUUAUUCCGAUGAAAAAGAAGUGCCAUUACUAGUAGAAGAGUUAGAAAUUGAAGAAGAUGGCAAUAAGGCCACCAACGAUCAAGAUUCCACUAUUCCACAACAUCUUGAGGCCAUAGUAGAACCUCUAGAGGAUUUAUCAGUAGCUAUAAAGACAUCAGAAGAAAGUAGUAAUAGGGAGGAGGAAGGGGAAAAUAUGAUCAAAGAAGAUUUGCAGAUCUCAGAAGUCGCCACUACUACUUUAUCACAAGAUAACCUACAAGAAAUUGCUGAAUGCCAGGAAUUUACCAGAACCAGUGACAAUGAUGCCAACGUUUAUCUCCGAAAAAGGUCUCAUAAUCCUUCUGAGGAGGAAACCUAUGGUGUAAAUGAGCAGAAGAUGACAGAUAUGGGUGAAAAUACAUUAAUCAUCAGGAAGAAAAAGGACUCAGAAGCAAGUGAGACCCCACCACCAAUUCACGAGAUUACAAUUUUUGAGCAGCCAGAGCUAUUUUACUUCAUCAUUUUCUUCUGGGUGCUGAUCUACUGCCUUUUACUCCUUCCACAGCUUCUUAGCAACAAAGUUUGAUAUGUGUGAGGUAUGGAAAAAUAAAGGAUGGUGGCUGGAUUGCUUUGUGUAUCUGCAUAUGAAUAUGUUCCUUCAGGUGAAGCACAAACAGAAAUCCAGGACCUGAUAUUUAUGUUUAUUAUCAGGUUGUCUUCAAUUCCUUUACUGUUGUGCUAUGACAGUGUCAAAGCACGUUUUAUAUUAUAACUGUGUAAAUAUAUAUAAAAAUGACCUGAUUUAGUAGACGCAAUUUUGUACAUUUGUGCCUUGCUUUAUAAGAUGCUAAAUAAAACCAGAUAAUUAUCAGUAGAAAUAUGAACAAUUCAGAGCUCUAGUCUUCAAAAAUUAUUCUUCUGGCUUCAUUUUCUUAUGUAGGGCCUGACAGCUGUGGAAGAGGGGUGGUGUUGACUUGCCUCUGGAUCUGGCCACCUGCAAGGGCAAGGCUAGAAAUGCUUCUUCACGUUUUCCAUUGAAUUAUUUGAAAGAGUUGGAGACAGAGCAGAGCUACAGGUGGUGAAAUACACAUCAGGAAUUACAGUUCCAGUAGCAAAUCCAGUGGAGCAGCAAAAUCAGGUUGAGGGUUUAUUGGGGUAGGAGAGUUUGAUUUUUUUAGGAUUUAAAUUCACUUUGGCCCUGCACCUUUUGUUAGGUUUGGUCCGAAGGAAUAAAUUGGGUGUGGAGAAGUGUGAAGCACAUACACGCUCACUGCUUCACAGGAGUGGUCAUAUGGGAAAUCUUAGCCCAGAAACUGAAGUGUUUUAAAAGUACCUCAGUGCUUCUGAGUCUGCUUCAUUUUCGCUGCUGCUUUUACUUACUAGAUCAUGGGAAAAUGUCUUUUUUGAAGAUACAAAAAACAAUAGGUCACCUAAUUUGCUGAGGCUACUCUUAAGGCACAAGUGUAUGGUAAAAGGAUUAGAAAUAGCCUUUAAGUGUCCAAAUCAAUAGAGAAAGAAAUGACAGAUAUAAAACUAAAUAUAGAGAAAUGCUGACAGCCAGCACUGACUUUCUAGUGCAACUAAGAGACUCCUGUGGCUUUUCCAUAGGCACAGUUGAGCCACUUCUGCCUCUUGUAAUUUUUGUCCACAUCAGUGAUCAGUUUAGGAUAUUCGAUUUAGGAUUUUUGCCAGACAAGGUGUAACCCAUGCUUUGGAGAACAAAAGAGAAGUCUUCAAAUUCAAUUUAAUACCAGUAACUUUUCUCUAUGUGACUUUCUGUGAAGUCACUACUUUUCACUGACACAUUUUUAGUUCCAUAGUAUGCUUUAUGAGACUACAUCACGUUGCUGCUUCCACCUGAAAAUUCAGAAGGUUGUCUUCAAAGUGCUUCAUAAAAUGAGGGGUUUCAUAAUUUUAGACUGAGUGAAAAUUAAAUCCCAUGGCUAUAAGUUUUACAUAUAUUGUUGUAGCCCGACCCUGGCUAAGUUUUCAGAUGAACUAAUAGUACGUGGGAUCAGGACACAUCAGAAUAUAUAGCAAUUUAUUUACAAGUAUUUAAAACCUGUUUCUAGUCAUUUUAUCUACUGAGGUAAUCCUAACCAUCCAUCACACUUCACUCUUCUUCAUAAGCUUUUUGUUCCCCUGGGAUUUUUCUUCUAAGCUGCAGUUGGAAGUCAACAGCAAUAUGGCUCAACAGGAGAUCUUAAAUAUUGAAGAUAAAAUUCAUUUCAACAGAAAGCUGAAAUCUUUCCUAUUCUGUCCUUUCACUGCUGACUAGAUCUGGAUUCACCCCAUGAACCUAAAAAUAAGAUCUACUGUGCUUGGUGAGGAACAGAUCCAAAUGUCCCAACUUAAUUCAAUGUAAAUCAACAUAAGUAAAAAAGUACAUUCUUUAUCUUGCCUAUGAAAAUGCUCAGCAUUUUGAGUCAUCUGAUUUUGUGAUCUAUGAACUUGUUUGUGCUUGUUGUUGAAGACAGUGAUACUUUCUUCCAAAAGAAAACCUUUAUUAGAUUUUUUGAAAAUGCUUUCUGGAAGUAGGCUAAAAUAGGAUAUUGAAAGUUUAGUGCUUUUUCCUCUGAAAGAAUAAAACUUAAUACAAGAAACAUUAUAUCCUUAUCCUUAAAACCAAGGAAUACUAUGCUGGAGUAUGGCAUCUAUUUAAUGGCAGCAAGUAGCAGUGUACAUUAGUUUGGAGUGAAAGUGUUGGCAGCUCUUCAUUAUGUUUCACUCUUCACAGGCUCCUUUGGUUUAUGACAACCUUUUCUGAUUCUUUGUAUCUUUACUCACUGAUCCUUCCGUAUUUAUAGAUCUUGAGCAGAGGUUACCUGGAGUUGGAUUACAGUCUCUUCAUAUAACUUUAUAGCUAUCAAAGUUCAGUCAAGUAAAGUAUGCUCUCUUUUGUCUUCUUCCUUCUAAGAUUAUUAAUCAGGAUGAGGAGCUCUUUGGAUGUCUUGUCCAUCCAUGAAGAAUGGAAAGGUGGGAAUGCAGUGAUGCUGGCAAUUUCAUUACACAGUAUUUUCAUCCAAGAGGGAAAAAACCCAAGGUUUUCUUUGUUACCUCCCACUGAUGAACAGUGACUGAAACAUUGAAAUGAGCAGUUUAAAUGUCAAACAGCAUCCAGCAGUUGUCUUGGUCAUCUCACCCAGUGUUUCAGCUGAUACACACUUUCCAUCCUAUCCCAUUGAGAGACAAAGAUUGCUUCUUCCAUGCAAAAUAGAUGAAAAAAAAAAUACUAAAUUAGUCCAUGACACUUGGUGUUAUGUUGCUUUCCAUUUUGGGGUUUGUUUGGUCGUAGGUUUGCUAUAACAGAGGCAGUGUACCUUACCCAGCCAUUCCAUGGGUAAGAAGAUCACAGGUGAAGAGUUAAGAGUGAUGAUACUGGUACUGUCAACUGUGCAUGAAAGAAAAGUCUGAACUCUUCAGGAGUUUUGCUUUUACCUGGAACUGCACAGAGUGACAUCUGUAUAAGAAGCAGUUUCCCCCCACUUAAAUUGACUUGUGAGCCUGCAUCUCUUCUUCCACGGCCCAAGAUCCAAUCCCUCAAUGCAAGUGCCCUGUUCUGAAAACAUUGCUUGUUGUUGGGCUUUGUGGCCUGUUCUGAGCUACUGUCUGAAAGCCUGAUUGUGAAACAUUCUGUAUGGCAAAGCCUGUUUUGACUUGCUGCCUAGAGAACUGGCUUGAGGUAGUGGGGGUUUAAAGGCUGGUGGGCAGUCUGUUGUCUACCCAUUUUCCAUCAGAUAUGUGCACUGUCAGAAUAAAGAAGUUUUUCCUGAAUUUUUGACUGGGUUUUUGAAAAAUGCCAACCUUAAACUGACCACAUUUGGUAGUUCAAUUUAGCAGCAGAAUUCAGAUGGACAAGGGUACUGAUCUGUUGAGACUGUUUCUAAAACCCACUGUUUUUGAGCAAAUGUGGGUAGCAGAUUAUUGUGAAGUGUAAGUGACAGGAAGUGUUUGAGGAUCACUGGAUAAAGGAUGUUUGGUGUUCACAGAAGCACCAUUAAAGGCCAACUGACAACUAUAAAAGGAUGGUUCAAUGUCAUUGUAGUCAUGUAACUUAGCUGCAAAGUGUUUCAUUGUGAUUUUAUAGAAAGUGCAAGGAAAGAUACGCCAUUAAAGACAGAACCCCACAAAACAUUUAUGGGGCAGAUGACUAAGAGCUGAGGAAAUGAGUUAAACAGUCACAUAAACUACAAACUGACCUGGAUAUAGCCUUUGCCAAAUUGUAGGAAAUUUUCAGUACAAUGGUAGGGGAAGCACAGAUUACAGUAAAAAAUGACAAUCAAUUUUCAAUGCCAUGAAUAUUUUUGAGGGAUUGAGCUCUAAAAUGUAUUUUUAUUGAGUUUCUAGAUUGUAAUGAAUGUGUCUACAGAAUUUUAUGCAGAGCUUGAGAGUUUAGCUGUUUGAAAAUGAUUUUUUUAAUACAGCAGUGAUUAUUUUAUCUAUAUAUUUAAUAGAACUGUAAAACCAUUUUAAGAGUACCUGUAAAAUUCUGUGUAUGUGAUACGAUUAUUUAUUAAUUAUGACUCAUGAGAAUGAACGUUAAGCUAUGCAUUGGUUGUGUCAUCCAUUUGAAAACUGGAAACUGCAAGCAGGAGAAGAGUUUUUAAUGAACAGCAGACUUGAAAAGCAAGGGAAAUGAUUGAAUAUAAUUGUGUGACUCCUAAAGUUGCAUAGCAAUAUGUUAUUUUGUGAUGUUAAACUUUCAGCUACAGUUGCAAAAUAUACUGAGUGAUUAAGCUACUUUCUUCCAUUAAAACUUCCGGAGGCUGAAAUUUCUACAUGGUGAUAUUUGGUGUCUAAACACACUUAAAUCCUCUACGUCUUCUGGACAUUCUCAGUUUACUCCAGCUCAGUAUGACUGUAACUUCUUUAAUCAAGUAAUGCUCCAUUGAGUUUAUGGGGGUACCACGCAAUACCCACUGGGUUUCUUUAGGGUUCUCUGCAACAAUCCUCACAAAAUCAGAGCUGUAGGAGAUUAAUCUGGCCAGUGCAUGUGGUAUCACAUUCAGCCAUCUAACAUGAUAAUAACUGUGCAUUAUCACUUAUGCUAGCUUUAAAUACUUGGAGUCCCUUCUUGCCAAGCACAAAUGUGAAUGCAUCCAGUGAUGUGUUCACUUCCUCUACUUCUGUGGAAGUCAAUGCAACACAUCUGUGUGCUAAGCACACACUACAGGACCUGGCCCCAAGGGCACUUAAAUCAACAUUAACCAUAUAGGCCAGGAAGUCCCUGAAGCCUGUGCAAUGCCCUUAGCAUUGGAUCCCCUCAAAAAUCCAGCAUACACCACUCACUUCAGUUACCUCACCUUGUACACAGAGCAUUUGUUUGUCUAAAUUCUGCAGGAUCAACCCUCUAAAGAGAGGAAGUUAGAACAGCAGCAGGGAACAAAUAACUGGAAGAUGAAGAUGAGGUUUCAGGCUGGGAUAUGGCCAUGGAAGUUUCCAAACUCCUACAGCUGAAAGCUCACACCCUGACAACAGGUUGCCUGCUGUUUCCAUUGAGCUGUUUCCACAGGUAGCAGAUCUGAAUGGAGGUAAAACCCCCUAUCUUCUUUGUAUUUCUGCAUUGUGCAGUUUUUUUGUCAGGUAAAUUACUUCCAAUUCUUUCCCUCGGAACACCACUGAUAACAAUAAUUUGCAGUUGCCCAACUUAGGAUCAUUCACAUUCCAGGUUUGUAUAUAAACAGGACAUACAGUAUGGCUUGUUCCCACCCACACCACCCCAAGAUUGUGAAGCUGUUGGUGGAGGAGGAUGGGAGGUACAUGCACAUUAAAUGAUAUGGAAAAGUCAUGUUCUGAGCGGCCUAGCUGUCCAUCGCUUUAUACAACUUCAGAGCCCACGAAGGGUGAAAAAAUUAAACCUUAUUUUUUCAAAUGCCAUAGUCAUUUCAGGGUUAUCUUAACUGAAAUUGUGGAACACAAAGGUAUUUCUUUCCUCCACUAAAUGUAACACAUGGUAAACUUCCUUCCACCUUAGUGGUACUUUCAAUGACUCCUUUCCAGGCAGCUGCUGCUGCUGAUACUGGAAAAUGAGACCCAGUUAUUUUCUCCCCAUAGGGGAGGAAUAUCUACAUUUAUGUCUCUAGAACAUAAAAUUGGCCCAUGAGUGAUUAAUACAUUUUUUUCUUCAUGAAAAGGUUAGAAGGACCAAUAAAAAUAAUUUUAUCUUUGUGAGAAAUACAAAAUCUAUCAUUCCAGGAAAGACUAUACACUUGCCUUCACUCCUAUGUUCAGGCCAGGUAAUAUUUUAUUCCCCCAAUGGUUUCAUUACUUUCACUGGGCCUUCCUGGAAUCUCUUUGAUUCACAGAAUAGAUUUGCUGUGUGUCCAAGGACCAGUUUGUACAGGGGGGUCCUGGUCCACAGCUGUGAUUAAGACUGUAACAGAAAAUCACCAUUUUUUACUUCAAAAUGACUGGUUUGAUGUAAAUCAAGUGACUUUCAAAGUAUAUGCUGCUCAGUUUUUGAGAGAAGCAAUGCAGUCAUGUUUUAAUGCCAAAUAAGUUACACAAGUCAAAUAAGAAUUUUUAUUGUAAUAAAAAAUUCAACUUCUGCUUUUGUCUUGAACAAAACAUUUUAGUAGGCAUACCACUUUGUGCUAUUGUAUACUGCUUUGUAAAAAGCUGAAUAAACUGUUUUACCCUUUCUUGUUAAAGUUCUCCAGUUCAAAAUGUAAAGUGCUAGUUUGCUAAAGAGUUUAUGAGGGACUUCAUCCUGAAUAAAUAAUUUGUAAGUAAGGAUUGUAAUAUUUAAAAUACAUGUUCCUCUUUGGCAAGUGGUGAGGAAUAAUCACUUUUUUUUAAAUGAGAACAAAUGCUGGAAGGAUUUGAGUGGUUUCCAGAUACACUGAAGGAGAUGCGUUUUCAUGUACUUUCAAAUACAUUUCUUAACACUUUCAGUCAGGUUUGUAUUGGAUGUUUGCACUAGUUGCUCAAAGCUAAUUUUUGUGAGAAAGAACUAUAUUCUUAUGUAUAGCUGGUACACUAAAAAAGCAAAUGUUUUUAGAAACUGCUAUGCUUUAAUAAGAAUAGUAUUUACUAGUGAAUAGUUCCAAUUUAUUUUACAAAAUCUCCAAUUUUGAAAUAAAUGGACAGGCUUCCUGUA